UUGUUUCAGAAUGGACGCAAAUAUUCAAAUCACAUUUAUUAUCCUAAUUCAUUUGUUUUUCACUGGGUUCAGCAAACGUUUUGAUGUGAAAGAAGCGACGUUUAAGCUAAAGAAAUUCGCGCAAGUCGUGAAUGAUAAAAGCAAACUGUGCAAUUUUAUCAAUCCGUCGGUCUCUUCAGCAGCCCCACAACAAUGUACUUUACCAAAUAAAUCUUCCGAAAGCAUGACUCUGGGCAAACAGCCAGCGUACAAGGAAUGUGCCAUGCGAUGUUUAUUGACAAAAGGUCCAAAAACUCCAAACGUUUCCAGAGAUUUUCAGCCUGUUUUCGACAAUGACGUUCGAAAGGAAUUCAUCAACUGCAACCUCAGGGAAAGGUCUGUCAGUCCGGAAUGCAAAAAUUCAAUAAAUAUGGGUUUACUCAACAAAUUUGGAACAUCUCUUGCAUUUUUCGUCCAGGAAAAGUUGAGCUGGUUUGAUGCCCAAAAGCGUUGCAAUUCCAUGGGUCUCACCCUAGUCACUCUAGAGACUGCAGGAAAAAUACAAAAUCUUGGAUAUUUUCUGAAGCGAAUAGGAAAAUCUGGCAUGUUUUCUCUCUGGACGAGUGGUUCAAGUUUGCUAAAAAAUGCAACGCAUCCAUAUUUUUGGUACGACACGUUCGCACCUUUGGGCCCAGAAAUUUCCAUCACCGAAAAGCUGGAAUCGGGUCAAAAUUACUCAUGCGUUGCAAUUACAGUUGUCACGGAUCGCACAAAUGUUGAAUGGACCAAGGAAAGCUGCAAAACGGCACGGUUCAGUUUUGUAUGCGAAAUCCCAAAACUGUGUUUUUACGAAAAGUGUAAAAACAAGGCCAGACUAAAAAGUGGGCUCGUCAGUCUGCCGCUGGUCAGCGAACCUUGCUCCCCGAAAAAAUGCAGACCCUGUCCUGCCAAAAAGCCAAAAACUAUUGAAGUUAAUGAGAAGACCGGACGGUACUUCAAAGUGAACGGGAAGCAGUAUUUCCGCAGCCACGACAGAAGAGGAGCAGAUGACGCAAUUUCAAUUUGCUGUGGUUUGGGAAUGAAACUCUGGUCCCCGUCCACGGCCGAAGAACUCGAUUUGGUUUUUGACGAACUCGAGCGGAUUGGCUACGAUUUAAAUUUCACUGCCAUUCACGUUGACGCGCGAGACGAGAACUGCAACGAGCAGUUCAUGAUUUGCGACACUAAAGAGUUUGUCAGCGCCGAUUUUAAGUGGCUGCCCGCGCAGCCGGAUGAUUGGACGGUCAACGAAAUGUGCCUAAUCUACACUGUGGUCGCCGGCGUGCGAGGACUGGUCGACACCACGUGCCACUACAAAUAUUACUUCGUCUGCAAAGCAGACGAGAAUAAUCCAACUGUUGAUAAACAAAUUUCAACGGAAGUCAAGAGAUUUAAGCCCCAUUGCUUCAAAACUCUUGCAGAAUGCAAUCCCUCAGUCAUGUGCAAUCCAGGGGCGCCGGUUAAUCCCCCUUUAUCUUCUGGACGUUUGUUUGAAGGAUGUGGAGGGAAAAAGUAUUUCUUCGGAAACGACUCUAAAACUCCCGACCAAGCGGGUCAGUUUUGCUGCAAAAUCGGGAUGCAUUUGGCGGUUCUGGAGACGUGGGAGGAAGUCCACUGCGUCAGGGAUUUAACCAAAAAUUACACGAUAUUCGAGAUGCGUUUCAACAUGUUGUGGUACGUUUCCGGCUACGAGGACAAAUGCGACGGGACGACGCCCAAAUAUUGUGCAACAGGGAAGCCUGUGCUCAACGAUUACCCCUGGUUGCCUGGUGAACCGGACAAUAAAAUGGCCCCGGAGAAGUGUUUCGCCCUGGCCUUGUCUCCAUUUGUGUCGGGAAUCACCGACUUUGGUUGCAUUUUUGGCAGAUCAUUUAUCUGUGAAUCAUUUUAG